AUGGCGGCCGCACAGGCGGACAACACUCAGUAUGUGCAGGACGAGCGCGUCGCGGGCCUGGCGGACAGCUUCGGGCAGUUCCUGUCCGACUUUUCACCGGAAAACUGGAUGCCUGAGCCGUCUCAGGGCACUCAGGGCAGCCAGGAUGGGGGCGCCGCGCCAAGAUCAUUCAUGGCGCGCAGGGUGGAGGAGAUGUGCCAGUCGGGCGAAACGGUGCUUUACAUCGAGUUUGACCACCUGCAGGAGUACAGCUACGAUAUGAGCCACCAGAUCCGCGACCACUACGAGCGCGCCGAGCCCGUCCUGCGGCGGGCGCUGCAGGACCACGUGCGUCGGCGACACGCAGACUAUUUGAAGGAGGCCCACGGCGUCGAGAAAGAGUUCUUCAUCGGCGUCACCGGCCUGCCCGACACUGAGCGCCUGCGCGACCUGCGCGUAGAGAAGAUUGGCCGCCUGGUGUCGUUCAGCGGCACAGUGACGCGCACGACCGAGGUCCGGCCGGAGCUGUUCCUGGGCGCGUUCAAAUGCGGCAAGUGCAGCACGCGCGUCACGGGCGUGGAGCAGCAGUACAAGUACACCACGCCGAUGAUCUGCAAGGGGAAGGCGUGCGGCAACAGGAAUUUGUGGGUCCUGGACCGCGAUGAGAGCGUUUUUGUGGACUGGCAGCGCGUCAAGGUGCAGGAGAACGUUGACGAGAUCCCCGGCGGCGCGCUGCCGCGCACAAUGGACGUGAUCCUGCGCGCCAACAACGUGGACCGCGCCAAGGCGGGCGACAGGGUCAGCUUUGCGGGCAGCCUGGUGGUGUGCCCCGACGUGGCGGCGCUCUUCUCCCCGGGACAGGGCGUCAGCAUCAAGCCAGCCGCGACAUCGAACGACGCGACGGGCGAGGGCGUGGUGGGCGUGGGCGCGGGCAACCGUGAGGUGACUUAUCGCCUCAUGUUCAUCGCAUGCUCGGCUCAGGACAGCUGA